UACAGUAUGACACAAACCCAUCCGCGUUCUUCACCUGGUCAUUCAGUCCAGCACCGUUUCCGUUCAAUUGAGCGUUCCAGAACUUAAGACCAUACUGAACGCAAACCUGCUGUUUCAUUUGUUUGAAUGACAAAAGGAAAAGCCAAUCAAAUGAACAAGCGGAAUCACCUAUUGCCCAAUCACCUUAUUGGGAAAGGGGACUCUAUCUACCAUUGGCUAUACGAACGACCUGGAUGUAAAACGAGCGAGAAGCGCAUUCUGGGUUAAUGUCUAUGAGAAGCAAUCACAAGAGUUCAGCUGCGUAGUUGUUUUCUGGAAUGAACUGGGGGGAAAAACUAUAUCUAUUCCCUAACUAUUGUGCAUAGUGGACUGCAAACAAAACUGUCAAGUUUACAUUUUUAUCUACCGCAAUCAAAAUGAGCACUGAAGCCUUUCGAUUUGCUGAGGUUUUCUCGUACGAAAGCUUGGUGCAUGCAAUGGCAGGAGCAGCGGGGAGUGUGACGGCAAUGACCGUUUUCUUCCCACUUGACACUGCAAGACUACGGUUGCAAGUGGAUGAGAAGAGGAAAGCCAGGUCCACUCCUGCCAUUCUGUCAGAGAUUGUCAAGGAAGAAGGGUUGCUGGCGCCCUACAGGGGCUGGCUCCCAGUGAUCUGCAGUCUCUGCUGUUCCAACUUCGUCUACUUCUACUGCUUCCACAGCCUGAGAGCCAGCUGGCUCCAGGGACACAAGUCAACUCCAAGCAGAGACCUGCUAAUGGGCAUUGCUGCAGGUGUAGUAAAUGUGCUUGUGACCACUCCGCUGUGGGUGGUCAACACACGACUCAAGCUUCAAGGAGCAAAAUUUCGCAAUGCAGACAUCCGUCCCACUAACUACUCAGGCAUCAUGGAUGCCUUUGUGCAGAUCAUUGAGGACGAAGGGGUGGGGGCCCUGUGGAACGGGACAUUCCCUUCUCUCCUGCUGGUGCUCAACCCGGCUGUCCAGUUCAUGAUCUAUGAAGGCCUGAAGAGGCAGCUGAGAAGCUUGGUUCACAGAGAGCUGUUGUCUCUGGAGAUAUUUCUGAUUGGUGCCGUAGCCAAAGCAGUGGCCACCACAUUCACAUACCCACUGCAGACUGUACAGUCCAUCCUGAGGUUUGGUCAACACAAGCAGCACACAAACAGAUCACCAUUGCUGAACAGCCUGAGAAGUGUGAUGUAUCUGCUGAUCAAUAGAGUGAGGAAGUAUGGCAUGCUGGGCCUGUUCAAAGGCCUGGAAGCAAAACUCCUGCAGACCGUCCUGACCGCUGCCCUCAUGUUCCUGCUCUACGAGAAGAUAGCCAGCAGCACCUUCAGUGUCAUGGGAGUGAAGAGGCCUGCUUCCAGCCACUAGCCUGUCUGUGACAUCAGACAUCCGAUCCCAUAUUGUUGCCAGAUGUCUCCCCUUGGCCAUAACCCCUCAAUUUUGGCAUGUAUAAAGGGUCUGGGUCGGUAUAAGCAGUGUAGCUAGGGGUAAAUCCUCCACCAUAUUUCUUCCACCUUACACACAUGCAAGCGUGAAAUGGUUAGGGGCAAAGGGGGGGAAGGAAUCGAACUUAGACCAGCUGAGACUGUACCAGAGAUAUUAGAGAAAGGAUGAAAUGGGAGUCCCAUUGGGCAAUGAAUGUAUAACGCUUCACCCAGUAGACUCACGGUGCAUUCUGGGCGAUUCUGGGACAAGUAGAGCUCUCCUUCAAGGAGUUGAAUGGCAGUCAAUUGGGCGCUAGCUCAAAACCACAAAAUGAACAUGAAUAACCCUUUUCAUAACCUUAGCCUAAUUAUCCUAACCUGCUACGAAAAACCAAAUCUGACAUUAAUUUUACAAAAGCUUGAUCCCUUCUAGCCAUGGGUGAGCUCUCCUUGUCCGGGUGUUUUGUCUAUUUAUUUUUCUAGAACUGCCAAUUUUCUGGAAGUAGACACCACUUGUUCCUCAUAAUGCUGUGGAUUUCAUCGUUCAUCGUCUUUUCGAUGUUCUAAGAUUAAUUUGUGGAUUUAGUUAAGCAGCUAUUUUGUGAUGCAUUGUUGCUCUUGUCAAAUCACUGGGACGUGUUUUCAUUCUGUCAUUAAUUGGCUCUCUGACAAACGUGUUGAAUAAUUAAGGGAUGUAUUUUAAAUGAAUUUUUGUCCAAUAUGAUGGAUGGAUAAUUCACUAACAUUUCAGAUUCUCAGAAAAGUUGAUAUAAAUAAAAUCUUGCUGCUCAAAUAAGUACAUUUUAGCUUUUUUGACCAUAUGCUUUCAUCUCCUUCAGCCAGCUCUCUAUGAGAGAGAAGAGAGCCUGGGACCAGGUUAAAUAUGCAUCAACAAUUGUCGUUUCAAGAUUGUCAUUUAAAAAAUAGUUUUUUUUCCUCUGAUUUGCGUACUUUUACGAAUGUGGAGCGUUGUUUUUUUUUUUUCAACAGUAAUAUAAUUUUGGACCAGUAGAUGGGGUCACAGCCCCACAAAAUAAAGGUUUAAAAUGUAGUGUUUACUGCGGUGAUAUAUGUUUGAUCAAAUUACUGUAAUGUAUUCCGUUUAACAAAAAGAGUUAACAUCUAUUUUUAUCCACAUGUACGCUAUUGUAAUCUGUACGUCAUACAUAUGCGUCGGCCGGAAGUUGAAUUUCCAUUGCCUCUUGUUUUUGUUCCCGGUUAGAUACUGUUCAGCAGCUGGGUUAGGUACGCUUUUUGUGUUCGUAAUUGGCGAGAUAUUUGGUUAGUUUAAACAACUUUAAUAUCAAUUCAAACGGUGUUUGGACAAUUAACGCAGAGCCAUGUCUAAACGCGCUUCUUUUCACACACAACUGUCCUCCAUCAUGGAAAUACUGUCUAGAACCGCAAUGGCUCAUGUGUGUAAACUGGUUGACGACGAAUACGCGGGAAUAUCUUUAGAAAAUGAGUCUCUCACUGAGAAAUUGCAUAAUCUGGAAAGUGAACUGACAAUUGUGAAAAGCACAGCUCCCAAGCUGGCUGGAAACUAUCGCUCUGUUGGUGUUCAAACUGGUGAAACUAUCACCAGAGUAGACAGAGGGCUAAACGGAUCCCCCACCAUUGAAGGAAUAUUUGGGAAGGAAUGGUGUCUUGAUCUAUGGAACCAUGGGGAUCCCAACAGCACAGAGAACAGUCCACAACACACUGCCAAAGUGAGUGAGGAGACUGAGGAGUUUUCCUUGCCUCGUCUGCUGUCCUUCAUCUACACUGAUAUGAGAAAGCACUAGGCAGGAUUGUGGAAACCAACAGAGGACUCAGGCUUACCAGAGGACAUGCUGUCAGAUGCCCAGCUCUUUGAAAUGAGUGAAUCCGAGGCUACCCUACAUGAUGGACACUUACUCUUUCUGUCAUAUUUAGAAGUCUUAUUCCUUCAAUGCAUUUUAUUAUUUAGUGUCUGCAUUUUUCAAGUGGCUCUAAAAAUAUUUAUCUUAUUCUCGUAGUCAACAGGGGUGCCUUCAGGCCAAGCUGAUGUUAAAGAGGAGGAUUUUGAGGUGGAAAUCAUAAACAGAGACCCACAGGAAAGACCAACAAUAAUUUUAGAUGGAGAUGACGACUUAGUGGACAAUGGAAGAGAAGGGCCCUCCAACGUGUAUCCAUCCUUUGAUUCCUUCCGGCAGGACAGGCCAGAGAGACGGGAUAAACAGGUACUGGAGAUGUCUACUACAGAUGUCUCCACAGGACACACUUUACGUUUCAUAUCCAUCGACGGAUUGGAGGAGGAAUAUGGCGAACAUGUCUUUCCCAUUGAGGACGAUGAGACAAAUGAGUUCCUACCAGACGAUACCGAGCUGUUGCCCAACGAAGGACAAGAUGAACACAUCACAAAGCCAACGUGUGCAAAGAAGUCUUUAGCAAAGUCAAAAAGCAAAGCUGGGAAGACUUUCAGUUACUUUAACCGGUUUAACUUGCACUCCCAUAGUAAAUCCGACACAAACAAGUUAAGUUGUGUGAUUUGUAAGAAGACUUUCUUGCGGCAGAACCAUCUGACGAUGCAUAUGAAAUCUCACAAGUCACUGUACUGCAGUGUGUGUAAGAACUAUUAUCCUGGGAAAACUCAGCUCAAAAAACACAAAUGUGUUGCUCCCGAUUAUCUGGCCUCGAACAGCUCAAAGUACUUUUGCCAUUACUGCGGCAAGUCUUUCAGCUGUCCGUCAAGCCUGAGGAUACACCACCUGGUGCACACUGGAGAGAGACCCCACACGUGCACUGUCUGCGGGAGAGGAUUCACACAGAAGGGCAAUCUGAAAUGUCACAUGCGCCUUCACACUGGUGAGAAACCGUUCAAAUGCCUCACAUGUGAAAUUGGUUUUACCCAGAAAGUAUACCUCACUCAGCACUUGGCCAAAGCUCACGGUCAAAAGGAAGAAAAUAAGAAAAAGAAGCAAGUGCACAAAUGUUCUAAGUGUCAGUUGUCUUUCAUCAAUCAGCAACUGCUCCAAACACACAUGGCUGUUCAUAAAAAUAAAUGAAGUAUUUUUGGUUGAUUGCAAUACUCUUGACUUAAAGGGGCAAUCUACAGUUACUACAUCCAUAACUUAUUUAUGCCUCAUGAGCUUAGUUGAACUGUUGUACACCAUCAGAACCCAAAAUAAGCACUUUACAUUUUAGUCAUUUAGCAGAUGCUCUUAUCCAGAGCGACUAACAGGAGCAAUUAGGGUUAAGUUCCUUGCUCAUGGGCACAUCGACAGCUUUUAUCUUAUCAGCUCUGCGAUUUGAUCUAGUGACCUUUUGGUUACUGGCCCAACGCUCUCAGCCACUAGGCUACAUGCCACUCUAAAUAGCCUCAAAACAUGGUUAAAACUAUAAUUUUGGUAUGGAUGGUCAGUCCUUGCAUCCAUAGCUCUAUGAAUUUGAGUGGUUAGCCUACAUUUCAAGGCCCAGCACUCAGCUUUUUACUGAAACUGGUGGGGAGGCCUCUUUAUCUGAACUGCUGAUUGCCCCUUUAAAGGAUUGUGUGUCUGCUCAAACUGGAGAACCAAAUACGGUCUAAUAUACGUCAUACUUCGCAAUAUUGGAUGCUGGACCUGGGAGUCCCAGUCGGGAGACCCCCCCCCCCAAUAUGCUACAGUAUGUUGUAGCCUUUAAGUGUAUUUUUUAUUACACUUAAUUUGUCUGAAUUAGCUACAACACUAACAGGAUGUUUUAGGCGAUCUGGUAUGAUUUACCUACAAAAGGUAAAUUAUGAAGUUUUAUUUUGCAAAGAACGUGGUGCAUGAGUAUUGCACUAUUCAUAAGUACUGUAAUGUUCAUUUACCACUGUUCUAUAUUUUAGGCUCAAGGAUUGAACCUGCCAAUGUUUGGUGCAAGAUGGCAGUUGGUACUGUAUUGACAUAAGAUCUCAUGAAAUGGAUGUUUUCCAUUUCUGUUCCCAGCAGUGCAUUUUGUACAUAAUGCUUCCAUGAUUGUGUCAGUUGUUUUUCUGGAAUACUUAUCUGCUGUAAACUUUCAUAAUUAAAGCAGCAUUAAGGGUAUAACUU